CAUGAUGCAGUUCCAGAAGAUGUGCCUGUAUAUACUCGGAAUGUUAGUUAUGAGCACAGUUUAUGGUAGUGUUUCAGCAGAACUUGUAAGAACACAACGUGUUGUCGCAGCCACACUGGGAGAAAAUGUCAGCCUCAAAUGUGAGCUAACAAAACACAAAGAUGUGUUACAAGUUACUUGGCAGAAGACAAAAGGACAAUCAUUUGAAAAUAUUGCCACAUACAACAAGCGCUUUGGAGCAAAAAUUACAGAUGCUUUCAGAGACCGCAUGACUGUCACCCAGGUGGGAACAGAUGUUUCCUGUAUAACCAUUGAAGGAGUUAGGAAGGAAGAUGAAGCCUGUUACAGCUGUUUAUUCAAUGCAUAUCCUGAGGGAGCAAUCACUGGAAGGACCUGUCUAUCUGUCUAUGCAAGUUUCAUGACAGCUGGAAAAACUGUUUUUCAGAUAGAGGUAUAUGGAAAAUAUGACCGCCCCUACUAUAUCACAGGUCUUCAGAAAAGGUUUCCAGAGGACAAUGAAUCAGGAUCAGUCAGUGAAAACCAUGAUCCUUUGAGGACUCCGUUAAAUAAAAGUUCCAAUACAGGUCAACCUUUUGAAAGCCCGUUGAGGUACAGGAAGACACCAUUAAAAAAUAAAAGUCUUCAGAAAAGGUUUCCAGAGGACAAUGAAUCAGGAUCAGUCAGUGAAAACCAUGAUCCUUUGAGGACUCCGUUAAAUAAAAGUUCCAAUACAGGUCAACCUUUUGAAAGCCCAUUGAGGUUCAGGAAGACACCAUUAAAAAAUAAAAGUCUUCAGAAAAGGUUUCCAGAGGACAAUGAAUCAGGAUCAGUCAGUGAAAAACAUGAUCCUUUGAGGACUCCGUUAAAUAAAAGUUUCAAUACAGGUCAACCUUUUGAAAGCCCGUUGAGGUACAGGAAGACACCAUUAAAAAAUAAAAGUUUUAAUGGAUUUUCGCCAUUGGGAGGAUCAGAAAAUUCAUCAGAGACUCCAUCGAAAAAUAAAAGCCCUUCUAAAAGUUUGUUAAGUGACCAAUCCCCUACUUUGAAGAACACUACUCGGGGAAAAAAAGGAAGCAAAAAGCAAAAGGUAAGUUUAGAUGUAUUUGUAGUGGAUAGAGAAUUAGUAAUACAUAAAAACACCAGCAAAGGCGAUUCCAGUGCUGGUAUUUGUUCCAGUCAUGCCCUACAUAUUGUACUGUAAAGUAAGCUAAUCUUAACUAGGUAGGACAACAUACUGUUAAAAAUAUUGUUUUGUUUGGAUCACAAUCUGUACUGUACAACAAAUUCUUUGUCUACUCUUUGUGUUAGUCUCUGUGAACUCUUUUAACUUAUAUUAAAUUAAAAGUCAUAAGCAUUUUAAAUAUAAUACAGAGAGAGCUGUAAAUGUUUUAUAAAAUUCUCAUAGAAUUUGGAUAUUGAGGUUUGGUUUGUACAGCUGCUAUCACAGCUGUUUUUUUUUUACUUCUGAUUUUGCUUUAUUAAUAAUAUAUUUAUAUAUAUUACAGAAUUGUUUUCAUAAUGUGUAUUACAGAAAGGUACAAUGUACUGUAGCCAACCUUGUAAGUGAGUAUUUUAUUAUACAAUGUAUUAUGUGCUGUUGGACAAAUGUAUAAUUAUUUGUUCCAACUUUCCAACAGUGCUCCCCUCAUGUAACAGUUGCAUUCACCGCACCUGUGGUGUAUAGUCAGCUCUUAAUGCCCAGAACAGACAACAAGCUACUUCUAGAUAAGCCUUAUUGGCUGGUUUCACAGACCCCAGUUACCACUAAUAAUGUCUCUAUUUUGCCAAGAAGAGGUUAUCGCUGGGAAUCAAGAAUUCCAUUAGACACUUGCAGUAAUGAUGCUUCGAUCAGCUAUUUAGAACACCCUGCUAGAAAAAGGAUGCUAUAAUGGAAACCACUGGAAAUUACAUUAAACAGCAUGUGGCAUUGAAACCUCUGAAAUACAGUAACC